UAUAUAUUAAUUACUUCCAGCUUGUACAAUCUGAUCAUGAUACGUCCGGCUAUAUAUGGGGUACUAUAACAGACUUCAGAGUUUAAUUAAGCCAACAGAUAGGUUCAUCCAAAAAAAGAGGCUGAGCCAACAGAGUUACAUAAAAGAUGGCAGGAAUUGGAGUUGUUGAGGAUGAAGAAAGCAUCUAUGGUCGCAAUAAAGUCCAGCCUUUUGCCUCUACUCCAACGCCAGGGCAAGUUACGGAAGAAAAGCACCCAAAAGCAUCACUAUCAAGUAAGGUGUUAGGCCUUGAAGAGCUCUUCUCUUUGGAGGUAUGGAGAGCUUCUUUGGCAGAGCUUCUUGGAACGGCAGUGCUUGUUUUCUCGUUGGACACGAUAGUUAUCUCCACGUUACAGACCGAAACAAAAACACCAAACCUUGUAAUGUCGGUCCUAAUUGCCUUCGUUGUUGCCGUUCUCCUGCUUGCUACGUAUCCCAUCUCCGGGGGCCACAUCAAUCCGAUUGUUACCUUUGCUGCUUUGCUCACCGGCCUGGUUUCCAUUUCCCGAGCUGCCAUAUUCAUUUUGGCUCAAUCUGUUGGUGGCAUACUAGGUGCAUUAGCACUCAAGGCCGUGGUUAACAGCGGCAUUGAACGAACGUAUUCACUAGGGGGAUGCACCGUGACUAGUGUUGUACCAGGCCCACAUGGGCCUACUGUGAUCGGCCUGGAGACAAGCCAGGCCCUUUGGCUCGAGAUAAUUUGCUCCUUUGUGUUUCUUUUUGCUUCGGUAUGGAUGGCUUUCGACCGUCGCCAAGCCAAGGCUGUGGGCCGAGUUAUGAUCUGCGUUAUCCUUGGAAUAGUCUUAGGUCUUCUUGUAUACAUUUCGACUACAGUCACAGCGACGAAAGGCUACGGUGGUGCUGGGCUAAACCCAGCAAGGUGCUUGGGCCCAGCAGUUGUUAGAGGGGGCCACCUCUGGGACAAACACUGGAUUUUUUGGUUUGGACCAGCUAUUGGGUGUGUGGCUUUUGCUCUUUAUGUUAAGAUGAUUCCACGUGAGCAUACACACAGCUACUAAG